ACCUUGUUUGUUAGAAAAAGCGAAUGUAUUUUCUGUUAACCAGCUAGCAGCAAUGUUGUUGCAGACAUUAAUUGAAUCGUUCACCUCUGGCUUACAAGGUAAAAUUAGUUUUAUACUGGAUAUUCUGUUUUCUCUUGUCAAUAGCUAUUGAUCCAAGCAUGCCGUGACUAUGAAAAUGGUAUAUUCUGAAUCGGCAUGGGUGUAUAUAUCAACAACAAAAAAAUGUGGGUUUUUCUCAUAUGAUUUUUUUUUUUAAAUACAUCAUAGUCAUAGCACACUGUAAGUACGAAUAUCCAAUAUUAAACUAAUUUGAGCACGGCAUGGUUUACCACGUGAUUUGAAAAACAAAGAAUGACCUCUCGUAGCUAGGCUGUGCUUGUUCCUGGAAGCAAAAGUGGCUAUUUUAGAAGCACUUUCCAUGCAAUGGAUCAAAAUAAACCGCAAGAAGAGGACUAUGGAUAUAACCUAUUCCCAGAGAGGAAUUCGGGAAAGUUCCAAAAGGGAUCGAUAGCAGAAAGCUUGUUCACUUUCAAUCACAAAUGUCAGGUCAUGCUACAAUUCUCAAUGGAAACAAGUCCAUAUGCAAAGCUUCUCCUUGGAGCCAUGAAAAGCUCAGGAUGUGCAGUGUACAAAGAUAGACAUUUCUCCUGUGAAGACUGUGAUGGGACUGUCAGUGGUGGUUUUGAUGCAACAUCAUCACAAAUUGUUUUGUGUCAGAAUAAUAUUCACCAGCAGUCCCACAUGAACCGAGUGGUUACACAUGAGCUCAUCCAUGCCUUUGACCACUGCCGGGCGCAUGUGGAUUGGUUUAACAACUUCAAGCAUUUGGCCUGCUCAGAGAUUCGAGCAGCCAAUCUCAGUGGGGAUUGCUCCUUCCACAAUGAAGUAUCCAGGUUCAACUUUGGCCUCAAGAAGCACCAUCAGGAAUGUGUUCGGGGACGUGCCUUGCGCUCCAUCCUUGCUGUUAGGAAGGUGAGCCGAGAGGAGGCAGAGAAAGUGGUGGACGAGGUAUUCGAUACCUGCUUCAAUGACCACGCCCCCUUUGGCCGCAUCCCACAUGACAAGAAGGAUGCUAAUUUUGCCUACAGAGAUUUUGAGAACCGAGAUCGGUAUUACGCAAACCUUUAAUGUGUUAUUACAUGCACAAAUGAAUUUUAAUUUAAUUUCCAUGGGUGCUAAUGUGAAGAUCCUUGCAGAAAGCUGGGCAACCUACCACUGCCCUCAGCAGAAUGACUGUGUCAAAAAUGGUAUGAAAUUACCUCCUGAAGGGAAAUAUUCAGAGGUCUUUCUCUCUGUCAUUUAAAUAAAUCAAAUUAUAUAAUAAAUUAUAUGUUUUUAUGGCACACUUUUGUGGACUCUAAUGCUAUAACUAAAGAAUAUGAUGGAGAGGUUUCCUUUUGGACAUUGAUAAAUGUGGCCCAAAUAUUAUUUUUGUCAUCCUUUUAGAGAGGUUACAAAGUUUGGUGUUUAUGUAGGGUAUAUGAUGCCUGUAAAACUUAUUUCAAGACUGAAAGGUGGGAACAAGGGGGACUGUCCACCCCUCUACUCUGCCAUGUAACUGAACUGGGAGUUCACUGUAAAUAGAUUUUAUUGUACUGAAUAAGUUGAAAUAAAUAUUUGAUUAUUAUGAAUAUGA